UUAAUUCCCAACUCUCUUCUCUCUCGCUCCUCCCGUCACGUUAACGUUUAUUUAUACCCCAACUGCACCCCGACUCAACUUCCAUUAUCCGCCUCUCCGUCUUCCUUUCCCGUUAAUCCUUGUCUUCCUCUGCUUUGCCUUCCAUGUGAGGCUGAUUCUGCAGAGUUCACAAAGCAAAAACACACACACACCACUCUCUUACUUUCUUUCUUUCCAUAGGGAGGCAUGAGUUGCAACGGGUGCCGCGUCCUUCGAAAGGGUUGCAGCGAGUCUUGUAUCCUGCGGCCGUGUCUACAGUGGAUCGAUACUCCGGAAGCCCAAGGUCAUGCCACUGUCUUUGUUGCCAAAUUCUUCGGUCGUGCUGACCUCAUGUCUUUCAUUUCCAACGUCCCUGAAGCCCAAAGGCCCGCUCUGUUUCAGUCUCUGCUGUUUGAAGCUUGCGGACGAACGGUGAAUCCCGUCAACGGUGCUGUUGGCCUUUUAUGGACUGGAAACUGGCACGUGUGCCAGGCUGCGGUUGAGACGGUGCUGCGUGGAGGUACUGUCAGGCCGGUGCCGGAGCUUCUAGGCCUUGACGCUCCCACUCCGGACGACGCGUCCGAAGGCGAAGUUACCUGUAACGACAAAUGGAGGGUCCGAGAUCCGAACCCGAGUUUCCGGUUGCCUGGUUCGAUGUCCGAUAAGGCUGCUUCCGGAGGUAAACGCAAACGAUUGGAAGAGCUUGCAAAGCUGCAGACGGCCACCACUGAUCUCAAUCUCCGUUUGACACCGAGUUUCCUGCAGAACGCGGCGAGCUUCGGUUGCCGACAGGAAAUUCGAUGGCCGAGAUCGCCGUCGAUCAACUCGGAGGAGUCCGGGACAACUACGGCGGCGUGCUUGGAAAGCGGGAUCGGAGAUCACUACGCUCCCGACGGAGGCCGGAAAGUGUUAAACCUGUUCAUUUGAGAGCUUUCUCUCUCCUCUCUCUAUGAGAUUCGUGUUUGAGGGGUUCUCGCUCAGGCGUCCUUUUUCCCUCUUUUUAUCUCUUUUAUUUAGAGAAGAGGUUUUCCCGGAAUUGAAUCCGGUGAGAUUUUGUUAGAACACCGGCACAGGAUUUUUCUCUCUGUCGUUCUUUGUAGACGGACAUGCAGGGAGAGAAAGAUGAGGGUUCGUCGGUGAUAAAUUUUCCUUAUCUUCUUUUCCUUUUUUUUGUUUUGUUCUAUCAAAAGUGUUAUGAAGAAUAUUAAUUAUCAAAUAAUUAAAUACAUAUUUGGUGUUUUUCGUGA